AUGCAAAACGACGAAUACUACGACAUUGACUCCAUUCUAGCCGACAGCAUUAAAAUACCCUGCAUUUUCCUUCAUGACCUUGAAGCAUCGGUCAACCUUACUGGCGAUGGCAGUGAGGUGACCCGCAAUACACGUAUAGAGCUUCCAUUCUGGUUGGCCAAACCCUUAGCAACGUUCACACUUCCUAACAGCGACUUUAUUAUCAAACUUGAGAUACCUCGGCCAUUUGGUAAUCGUGUACGCAAUAAUCUGGACGCAAGCCCAACAGCAGUCGAUUUCCGUUUAUUAUGUCCAUACUUUUAUGUCUUUGGUAAAAAGCUGGUGAAUCUUAUUGAAGAUGGAAGGUUACCGGGUAUUUUGGAAAAGACGUUCAAGACAAGACUAAAGGAGAUUAUGGAUUACACACAAACGGGAUCUACCACCGUGAAUCAAGACUUUUUACAAAAGCUGGAUGAAACUGAAAAAGAAUUAUUCAAGGCAGGUCAAGAAAGCUCCACACAGCUCAAACAAUGGCGAAAUCGUGCCCUGGGAAGGUUAAAAGCAGUAGACAUCACAGCUAGACAAAUAUGA